AUGGAACAUGAAAAGUUACAUGAAGAUCGAUGCCAUUCAAGGCAGUCUCUUUCUCCUGCAAGUUACACUAGCUCAAUUGGGGCUGCUACCAUAAACCUCGUCAGUCCUACUCGGUCGUUGAAUUUCAGGGACAGAUAUAGGGAUGCAGGUUGCAAUCUUAAAACAUCAACAGAACUAUUGAAAGUUCUGAAUCGUAUUUGGAGUUUGGAAGAACAGCAUGCGGUUGAUGUGUCAGCAGUUAAGGGAUUGAAAUCGGAGUUGCAGAAUACACAGGCACGUGUUCAAGAGCUUACGCAAGAGAGGCAGCGAUAUCACUAUGAAAUCGAGUCUCUGGCCAGGCAAGUCACUGAAGACAAAAUGGCUCGGAAAAACAAGGAACAAGAGAAGCUUAGAGCAACCCUUUGUUCCCUGCAAGAGGAACUUGAAGCUGAGAGACAUCUGAGGAAACAUUCUGAGAAUCUCCACAGGAAGCUAGGGAAAGAGUUGUCUGCGAUGAAACCGGCAUUUCUCAAGGCUGUAAAGGACCUGGAGAAAGAGCAGAAAGCAACCCGCCUGUUGGAAGAUCUCUGCGACGAGUUUGCGUUAGGAAUCAGAAACUACGAAGAGGAAGUGAGGGUGUUAAAGCAAAGGCAUGUAAAGGAGUAUGAACAGAAAACUGAUAAGUUGGUGGUUCAUAUUUCGGAAGCAUGGCUGGACGAGCGAAUACAGAUGCAAAAUGCUGAUGCCAGGGGAGAUUCAGAAGGGAAAACCUCAAUCACGGAGAGGUUGAGCGGUGAAAUACGGAGUUUCCUUCAUGGUAGAAGAUCAAGCAACUUCUACGGUGUUAACAAACAUGCUGGUAAUGAGAAGGGAGAUGCAAGCUUGUGCCGACAGUCCCUCGAAUCUCUGCACUUAAAUGGAGCCACCAGUGCCCCCCGGUUAGCUGAAGAUGAUGAAAAUUCUGUUGCUAGCGACUUGCAUUGCUUUGAGUUGAACAUGCAUGGAGACGCUGUGCAGACUCAUGACCUUGCAGGAACUCGACGGACAGUCGCCGACUGCAUGUAUUCACCAAUGAGAAGGCUGGAGUUCUCCGAUGGUCUGUCUGUUGAGGGCUCAAGGAUCUCAUCCGCAAGACCUUGUUCAGAAAAAGGCAAGGUAAAGCCAAGAAGCAGCAAAGCACAGCUGAAUACUUCGGCGCCAGAAAUCAGCUCUCGCAACGGUGACAAAAUUGAUCCUAUAGAUGAGCAGAACGAAACAGUCAUGACCCAAGUUUCUCGACGGUUGCACGAUGACUUGCUGAAGAUCAAAUCAGAGGCUCCUCAACAUGCAUUUCUAGAGCGAAAACCCCAUGAUCAUCAUCCCCGGACGUACCAGUUUCGUGAGUGUGCCGCGUCGUCAAGCGAUCUGCUACACAAUCUGCACAGUCCAGCCCGGCAGCUGAAGAAUCAUCAGCGCGCGCCGUUGGACUACCAAACAUCUGAAUGCACUACUACCGGUGACCUGCGUGGUCUGCGUAGUCCAUCCUGGCAGCUGAAGAACCAACGCGCCUCAUUGGACUACCAGAUAUCUGAGUGUGCCACCACAGGUGACAUGCACAACCUGCGCAGUCCAUCCUGGCAGCUGAAGAAUCAUCAUCGGUCGUCGCUGGACCAUGAAAUCUCCGAGUCCUCGCCGGCGCGGUCUCUCGGCUCAAAAGACAACACGCUCAAGGCGAAGUUACUGCAAGCGAGGCUAGAGGGGCAGCAUGCCCGGAUUAGGGCGUCGGGCUACCCCUUGAUCAGCACAAGGAGAUGA